UCAACUCGUAAACACGCUGUCUAAAGUAGCGCACGUGGGUUUUUUUGCGAUUACUUUCUCUUUCGAUUUUUAUCAGUGGAAAACAAAUAUACAGUUAAUUUAAUUAUGUCAUCGAACUUAGAAGCAUCCCUUUAUAAGGAAAAUACGUUGCAAGAUUUUAAAAUGUGGAGUGAAAAUGCACUAAAAACUUAUUUAAAUCUUCGUUCCAAGUCAACUGAGGGAGAUUUUGAAACUUUGGUGUGCAGAGCUUUCUCAGCCUACGAAGAAAAUAUUCCCAUAGAUAGAGAUGUUGAAAGACGCGAAAGACUACUUCUAGCUGAGUAUCAAAAAAAGUUAGUUGUCGAAGAGGAACACAUACCCGAUCCGUUAGAUAUCACAAACGGUUGGUUGGCAGAACAAAAAGGCAGUGGUUUACGAAAAUGGCCAUCAGUUUAUUACACAAAUAUCGAGAGUUAUUUAAAAAUUUUACAAAAAACAGAUAGCUUGAUAAGAAGAUUGGAGUCGGAGUACAAGGAAGGAAAAUCCUACAGAUAUUUCCGUUGCAACUUUGUUAAAGAAAUUUUCUAUAAUGACAUUUGUGAAGAAUCUAAAUAUUGUGUCUUAAGGUGCCGUGUUACUCCUUCCCAGAGUAUCCAUAACAAACCGUAUCAUGUAUGGGCAAUUAUUGAAAAAGAUGGAGCAAGACCAGGGGGCAGAAUAAAAUCAGCUCAUUGUACGUGUGUGGCUGGAUUAUUGGGAGGGUGCAACCAUGUGAUUGCUAUGUUGUUCCGAAUAGAGGCUGCUGUAUCUACUGGAGCUACAAAACCUGGCUCAACUAGUUUACUUGCUAAAUGGAAUGUUCCCACAGGGACUAAAACCACUGUAAUUAAUGGACCAAUAUGUGACAUGACCUUUCACAAACAUCAUUAUAGAAAAGGAAAUAAAUCAACAGAACGUGAUGUAUACAUUACUAAUGAGGCAUACAAAUCCUUUUCUACUGACUCUAUUUCCACAGAUCCGAGGCAUGUCAGAGCCAAGCUUUUUGAAAGGUUAAAAACACUUGCUCCAAAUAGUUGCUUUGUUGAGCUAUUAACAGGCACUACUAAGCGAAAAAAUAUAGUUGAACAGGCAGAAGACAUGCCUCUUGGAAUAAAGCAAAUAGCAAAAAAGUUUAAAAUCGAUCACAAUAAAACAAGCGAGGAAAAUGUUCAAAUAUUUACAAAGUCUAUUAACAUAGAAAAUACACAAAUAAAAGCUAUUGAAAUUAACACAAGGACACAGUCGCAGUCUACUGAAUGGUAUAAUCAAAGGGAAGGCAGGCUGACUGCUUCAAACUUUAAAAAAAUCUGCUCUCGAGUGAAAACAUUGGAAAACAAUGAGAAUGAAUCUUCAAAAAACAUAGUCAACUCUCUUUUAUGUGCUAAACCCUUUGAAACAUUUGCGACACGUCACGGUACAGCGACCGAGCCACAUGCAAAAACUGCUGUUGUUAAAGUUUUAAAGGAACGUGGUCAUAAAAAUGUUUUAUUUUCGGAUGUGGGGUCAAUAGUAUUUAAAGAUUACCCAUAUAUAUCUGCUUCGCCUGAUUUAAAAAUUGAAUGUAAUUGUUGUGGAUAG